CAUUUUUACGAUAUAAUCCAUCAACCUCAAAAUUUACCAACAAAAUUGUAUGUGUGAUUGUUCAGUGUGCAUUGCUAUUUUAAAAAAAGUGCACAGAUCUACACGAUGCGGUUUGCAGUAAGUCCCUCCAAAGGUUUCUAAUGCAAUCUCAAACAAGAUGUGUUUUUGUUCACUUGUUUCAUUUGAAAAAAUACAUCCCCAAAACCAUUCACAGUUUAGGUCGUAUUUGUAAAUUUCGAAAAGUAUUCUUAAAUCCUUUUAGUUUAAUUCGUAUAAAAUACAAAUACUUCUCAAUUAUCCACCUUGAAACAGUGGACCUCGCAAUGCAAUCUCAAAAAUGCGUCGUCUGUAAUAAAGUUUCACUCACAGAAUCUCCUACUAAACAAGCUCGCAAUGUUGCUUCUAGUAGCAAUACUACUUCGGUCUGUGGAUUGCAGAAAAAAGAAGAAAAAUCUGGUGGAUGCAUCUGCGAGGAAAGUAUAAAAUUAGUUAAUGACUGUAAUUCCAAACGCAAAUCCAUUUCCUUCUCUGGUCAAAAGAAAAGUGUGUACAAAGUUUUAGAUAAUGCGUUACAACCUUUGAGUGACAGCAGUCGCAGUUUUACACAUAUGCCUCAAAUCCACACGAAUUUCGUUCAACCUUCUCCCAAUUGUCUAAGUAUUGGGCAAACAACUUUCGUUUUACCUCCACGCAUCCUAAAUUUUGUGCCUAUUCCCUUAAAUAAUAUCUUGCAUCAUUCGUUUUUUAAUCCGCAAAUUCAACAUCGUGUGUACAGGUCUAGUGCAGCCGAUCACAGCAAUACCACCAAAUCGAGCCAGCAAGACAGGCAGCAGGUAUGGUCACUGAGAAAACUGCAACAUACAACUUUGGGAAAAUCGCUAGCGAAGAAACCGAUACCCACAAAGAGCUGUACGUUCAAAGUAAUGUCAUACAACGUGCUUGCGCAAGAAUUACUCGAGUCACAUCCUUUCCUAUACACUUACCACAAUCCUAACGCCUUGAAAUGGGAUCAGCGCUGGUAUUCGAUACUAGGAGAGAUCAAGUUUCAUAAUGCAGAUAUUAUGUGUCUGCAAGAAGUGCAAGUUUCGCAUUUACAACAAUAUACGAAGGACCUCGGCGCAUUAGGUUAUAAGGGCAUAUACAAACAACGUACCGGUAUUAGACGAGAUGGCUGUGCAAUUUACUAUAAGGAAUCCUUACUCAAUUUAGUGGAAUAUGUGACGAUCGAAUUUAAUCAGAACAAUAUUUGGGUAUUAGACAGAGAUAAUGUGGCCAUUGUGGCUAAAUUUGCGCCUAAAAAUGAUGACCAGAAUGAGUUUGUGGUGGCCACGACACAUUUAUUGUAUAAUCGAAAAAGGGAGGAUGUAAGACUGGCACAGACGCAAGUGUUGUUAGCUGAAAUCGAUCGGAUUGCUUACAAGUAUGAUCCUAAGAGGUCAACGGAUCACUUACCAGUUAUUAUCACGGGAGAUUUUAAUCUAACACCCAAGUCGCCUGUGUACCAAUUUUUAACACGUGGAAGAUUGAAAUAUGAGCAUUUGUCCAAUAGAACAUUGUCACAAGAACAAUCACAGUACUCAAAUGUAACAGGAAAAACUUUAAUACCAGCCUUGCUACGUAUUACAGAUAAUUGCCAGCAUCAUGACUUGGUUGAAAAACGUAAUCGAGGGGUCGGAGAUUUGAGUCGUGAUGAAGAAUUAAAGCUCAUAAGUUUGCAACACUCUGAAAGAAAAUUGGAGAAUAGAAGUAGAGUUAUGAUAUCUGAAGACAUGUUUUCCACUGGAACUUUGUCACAUGACUUGAGACUAAGGUCCGCGUAUGUCCAUAAUCAUGGAUAUGAUUCCGAAGCAACAACUUACCAAAACGACUGGGUUACAGUUGAUUAUAUAUUUUACAGUGGAGACAGUGUGGAAACGCAAAGGCGAAGUGAAGAUCGCUUGAAACUCGUGUCACGUUAUACGCUUCCAAUAACUAGUAAACUAGAAGGGAUGAAAAUACCAAAUAUGGCUCUUGGGUCUGAUCACUUGUCAUUAGUUGUGAUAUUUAGAUUGGAUCCAUAAUUUCAAGUGGAAAUAUAACAAUACUUAUUCAAAUGUAAAAAAAGAUGUUUUUUGAAGAAAGUUGAGUUGAGUUGAUUUAACAGAUGAAAUUUGUGUUAUAUUUUUAAACUGUUACCAUAUUAAAGUAUAAAUUUACGCA